AUGCAUGGUGUAGUUUCACAAGGAAGACCAGCCCCUUUCCCUUCCCCUUCGUCUUCCCCUUCCUCAUCCCCUUCCCUUUCAUCUCACCCUCGGCCACUAUAUGCUGAUGGACAACAUGGACACAUUGGUCAUUCCUCCGACCCUCAAGAACAUUUUAGGAGACAACUUGGACACAUCCGAACUGAAUGCACUUCAGUUCCAUCUGCAUCAGUUCCACCUUCGGUGGAACAAUCGAAUGAUGAGGGAAACAUAGCUGAAGAAGAUAGCCGGUUUGUGAUAUGUCCAUAUGGAGAUUCAUUCAAAGAAGCUACGUACGUUGUGCGGGAACUUAAUAAAAUAGUGAAUAAUUAUUGGAGGGGACCUUGGAUUAGUUACGGUGGCGCUCCAAAACAAGUAAUGGAUUUGUGGUGGAGCGAGUUCAAGCAAAGAGAAAAAAAUGUGAAGCCAGAUUUUAUUACCGUUGACGAUUGGACUGAAAUAAAGAGAAUUUGGGAGAGUGAAAAAAAUAAGCAAAAGAGUGAACAAAAUGUCAAGAAUCGGGUUUCUACUUCUAGUGAAGGGUCUGCGACAUAUGCUGGGGGCUCUAUUAACAUUGGGGAGCAUAGAAAAAGAAUGGCACAUGAAUUGGGGACGGAACCGACAUAUGCAGCUACAUUCGAACGGACAUUUCAAAAGAAAGAUAAGACAUGGAUUGGCGAUCGAGCAAAAUCUGUUAAGGAAAAAUAUGAUGAGUUUUUAAUGAGUACGGCUAGUGGCGAUGAUGGUAGGGUUGCGUCCGAGCCAACAGCUGACAAUAUGGCAUUAUGGGUGGAGGCAUCGGGUGGGAUGAAAAGAGGAAAAAUAUUUGGGAUGGGAUCCUUGUCAAGGGUAUACACAGCAAAGGCUGCUGGAAGUUCAUCCUCCAAUCCAGAUGUUUCAAGGAGGACACGGUUUGAGGAGGAAAUGACCCAACAUAUGACCCAAUUGAGAAAUUUACUUGUACAGAAGGACGAAGAAAUAAAAGUGGUCAAAGAACAAAUGUCACGGAAGGAUGAGCAAAUCAGACUGGUCAAUGAGCGACAUCAAUCUCUAGAGACUCAACCCAAAUCUCUGGAAACUCAAAUGCAAUUGGUCUUGCAGCACCUCAACCUAAAUCAAGAUCGGUUUCCUCCUGUGCUUCCCACUCAUGAAAUAGGUGCUGGGCACAAUGAUGGGCGACACAAAGAGGAUGAGGUUGCUGCUGAUGAUGAUGAUCUUGUCAAUAGUUUCAUUGACCCCGAUUUGGGUUAA